UUGGAGAAAUAUAUAAACUGAAGGGACCUGAAGCAAGCAGAUCACACUUCUGAGAGCACAGAUAAGCCCUCAAGACAACACCACCCAGACAAACAGACAAGAGAAAUGUCUUCUGCCGAGAGCCUCUUCAUGGAUGACCCUUUCUUUGCAAACUCCCACUUUUUGUGGCCCAGAUGCAGUAUGGCUCUUUCCGGCUUCAAAGAGGAUUUCCUCACCCGUAAAGCCCAAAUAAUGCAGAACCUGAGGAAAGAGAUCAGAGACAGCUUGCUGAAUGAACUCACUGAUGAGUUCUUCCAGUGUCUAGAUGGUCAGAGUUCCUUCUCCAGGCUCUUCAGCCUGAUCAAUACAGAGCAGAACAAACGGCGAGACGUUUCUCUUACUCUGGACACUCGAGGCUUCUCUCCAGAAGAUGUCACCGUGACAGUAUCUGGAAGGCGCCUGGAGGUGAUGGCCGGCAAGCGGGCCCAGACAGACGCUUCUACAUCAUCUACCAGCACCGCUCACGUCGCAGAAGCCCAGCCACAAGGAUUUGUUCAAGCUGUGCAGCUUCCUGACCACCUGGAUCCAACCUCCUUGACCUGCUCACUUGGAGAAGAUGGACUUCUGCAUACUGAGUCACCAGAAUCCAAAGAUGAGUCCUCAGUCCGCUUCAGAACAUCCCUGGAUUUCCCCAUCAACAAGGACAGCACAAACAAAAUGGAGGAUGGGGCUGAGAAACCAAACUAAAAAACGGACUUAUGGCCUAUUAUUACAUUGUACAAUUGUUUUUCAUGAAUCAUGGAUGUGCUUCAUGUGACUGAAAAUUAUUAGUUCUACAAAGGUUUUAAUAAAGAUAUUAUCUGGUAUAUGACUUCAUGCACAAACUUCAUGUCUUCUACACAGGGCAACUUUUUGAGCUCUGUUGCU